GCAAACUACUGCUCCCAUCCAGCCCACCGAGGCUCGGUUGAGGAAGUAGCCACACUGAUCCUGUGAGCUGAGAAGGACAGCGAACCGGAAAGAAGUUUUGCUGUAGGCCCCCCCCACCUUGGAGGUCCAGCAGCCAUGAAGCUUCGGCUGCACUUCGUGGUGGACCCCAUGGGCUGGCUGUGUACCGGCAUGGUGUUUGGAAUCUGGCUCUACAACAGCGUCUUCAUCCCCAAACUGGUUCUGCAUCCGCACUACGACGAGGGACACAUCCCGUGGGCCAUAGUGGUUUGCUACUACAUCGCAUCUACUCUCUGCAUAGCGGCCCUGGUCAGAGCUUCCACAGCGGAUCCCGGUCGUCUUCCUGUGGACCCCGACAUACCUCACGCUGAGCGAGAGCACUGGGAGUUGUGCAAUAAGUGCAACUUAAUGAGGCCUAAAAGGUCCCACCACUGCAGUCGUUGUGGCCAUUGUGUUCGCAGGAUGGACCACCACUGUCCUUGGAUCAAUAACUGUGUGGGAGAAGACAACCACUGGCUGUUCCUGCAGCUCUGUUUCUACACUCAGGUCCUCAGCUUGUUCACCCUGGCACUGGACUUCUGUCAGUACUAUUACUUUCAACCACUCACCGGACAAGACCAGGAGAAGUUUACGACACGCCACGAACUGGCUCUGCUGCGAGUCUCGGCGAUCAUGGGUUUGGUCAUGUUUGGUGGCAUGAGCAGUUUGUUUUACACCCAGUUGACGGGCAUCUUCUCGGACACUACCACUAUCGAGAAAAUGGCGCAGUUCUCAAAUGAAAUAUACGGCUCAAAGAGAUCUUGGCAGUGGGCGCUAGCUGAAGUCUGCGGCACUCGCUGGAAACUCCUGUGGCUCAUCCCGCUCCGGAGCAGACGGCCCAUCCAAGGUGGCCCCCACUUCCGCAGCCACGUGUAGGCCCGGCGGCGCUACGGCAACUCCCGUCCGCCACCAUCAGACACUCCAUGCACACUUCGGAGUCCGCUUUCGGCUCGCCUUUACCGUCCUCUUUUUUUUCGUGCCAUGAGAGCCGGGCGGCGGUCUUGGUCUCUGGGAAACUCUUUGAGAUUUUUUUUUUUUUUUAAUUUUCGUUUGCAUUUCUCCACCAAGCCCAGACCGGCAGUGAACAGGUUCCGAGAAGCCCCUACGGGAGUGAUGGGAGUGUGUGGCUUUUUUUUUUUUUUACUCUCUGUGACUGCUACUUUAAGCCUUUAUCGAAACCACUUUUGAUGGUUAAUUGCAUCAGAAGGAUGGAAGUCUUUUACCUGAAAGCAGCUGGUGAAAGGGACCCCUCUCAGGUUACUUUAACAAAGAGCCUUUACUACUGACCUUUAAUCAGCUACAGCCAGAGCCAGUGUGUCUGUUAGGAAGGCAGUUUUUAGUAUAAGGUCCGUGCCUUGUUUCUUUUACUGUGACUAUGUCAGUUUUAUUUGUCAUGCAUGCGCAGUGUGCAGGUGUUUUCCGUUUUGUCUGGUUGGUGAUCCUGCAGCUUGCAAAAUGCAUUCCUGUUCAUUUGAUGAUUCCUGAAUGUUUUCUGGCAUUGCUCUUUUAAAUGUUUUGUCUACCGUGUGAUGUUUUAUCAAGCGUGGCCACACAACAGAGUUCACAACGCGAACACUUGUGUGAACCUUUUUAUGGCACAUGCAAACACUAACAUUUCACCAUGCGAUUAGUAAAAGUGGAAAUCAAGUUUGUAUUAUCAAGGUCAGGUGGUCUAGGUCAUAACCAAACCUGCUUUGUAAUUAAGCUAAUUAAGCUCUGAGUAUGACAAAAGUUCCAGGGCAAAUUAAUAUAUAAUAAUAUGACCUUAUCAUAACCUGGAGUGAAUCCCUGCGAAGGGGUUUGAGUAUCGCAUACAAAUAAAACCACGCAGAGCGUAAAUGUAUCUGUUAACCUUAAAGGAACAAUCAUGCACUUGUGGAUUUAUACCUUUAUUUGCUUUCUCGCCAUAAGUAAAAAGAUAUGGUCAAGACCCUCGUGCCAUAAAGUGGUAUCAGGUUAAUCAUUUGCCUUUUUGCAAACAAGCCUGUGCCCGUAGAUAAAAAAAAAAAAAAACCCCACAUAACUUUUCCUUUAAAUUAGCCUGUCAAACUUAUCUGCUCUGUCAGCCAUAGAACUUACAAUGCGGUAGCACACAUUUUAACACAUGAAUUGUGCACUGUCAUUUGUGAUUUUAGUGCUUUAGCUCUCAUACAUGCAUAUCUUUAAGAGUAAUACAAACACUAGCAAACUUGUCUUCAUGUGAUCACAAACACAGUCAAUACAUUUAUUGAUAUAAAUUUGUUGUAUGGUGUAGUACUGUUAAGAGAUUUUAUAAAAUUCUUUAACCGGAUACUUCAGUAGAUGACUCAGUGCAUAAUAAUACUGGCAUAGCAUGGUUGUCAUUGUCUUUAAUAUUUGGCAAUCGCCUAAAUAAACCUGUAUGUAGACAAAGCUUGCCAUAUGUGCGAAAUAUAACAAUAUCCAAGUAGUUUUAAGUGCCUUUCUAGGUCUUCUUUUUACUCACGCAGUACAUCGCCAUCACGUUUGUUCUCCAUGAAAGCCAAAGACCUGGGAAAUGUUGCAAUAGUCGGCAAGCGUUCAGUAAAUGCAUGUUUCACUAAAUUUGUGACCGUAGCAGUUUAAAUGUAAUGCACUGAUUUUCACUCCAGCACACAGUCUGUUUUAGUGCAUCUAUGGUACUCUUGAAGAAAAAAAGUCUCCACUUGAACUUGUGGCAUUUGAUGCGUCAAUUCUGUUCUGUAUUUUAUUAUAUCCGCAAUUCUGUUGUAUUUUAUUACAUCCGAAAUCGGAUUGUUUGCAUUUGCAUGAGUGUGUGGUGAUCACUUUGCUCAGUGGUUUUUCUAUUCAGGUUCGAUUCAGGUUGUGGAUGUUUGUGUGCUUUUUGUGGUUAGUUUGUUUUGUUUUGGUGGGAUAAUGCGUCGGCAAAUGCGUGUGACUGGCAUUAAUUGAGGGGGAACCGAUGGAUUACAUGCAGUGUCUUUUACAAAUCCUUGUUUUGAAAGCAAUAAUUAUUGUGUGUAUGUAAAGCCAUCUGUAUUGUUACAACAGUAGUGAAAACACCUUUUUUUUAUUGUGAAGUAUGUACACUGGAGUGUCAUUUAUUACUCACUAACCAGGGAUCACCAGACGUCCACACGUGUCUACACUUCAGUAACCUAAGCCAAGAUGAAUACUACCGCCGCUGCUGUGUAUAGUUCUACGUGAUGUCCUCCUAUUACACCUCAUGUUGUUAGAAAUAGAACAAUGCACAGGCUUGAGUUUAUGUGAUUUGAAUCCAGACCUGAAGGAGACUCUUGAGAGGGGAUGUGCACUGCUCACACUCUUCCCUUUACAGCUGUUUACUGGCAUCCCUCAGGGUUCUCAGUUUGGAUCCCGGUCGUUUUGUUCACAUUCUUCAUUUUUUGUUAUCAGAAAGUUUUAUUUUUUUCAUUGUUCUGACCUCAAACACUGAAACAGGGAUAAAAAUGAAUUCACCAUGAAUAUUGUUAUCUACUUUGUAAUGUCUAGAAAAGCCUAUGAAAAGCUAUUGUGAUUACAUAAAAUACCAUAUUCACACUCCAAUAAAUUUGAUUCUGGUUAAGUUCGAA